CGUGCCUUAAAAUUUAAUAGAAAUGGCGGUGUAAAAUAAGUCGCUGAUUUUGGCCGCCACGACCUACAGACAUUUCAUAUUACCAAAGAAUAUAUUAUUUACUCUACAGUAAUUAUCUACUACGAGGACAUUACCGACUGGCCCAUACAUUUGCAAGUUGUAACCCGUGUCAUUAACUAAAUUAAAAAAAAAAUAGUUUUGACGAGAGUUUAGAUAGUUAUAUCUAGAGGAUUUGUGAAAAAUUUACAUUAGAGAUAAGUUAAUAUAAAUUUAAAUAAAGUGAUAAAAUGGAGGUCUAAUCUACAUAAAUAUUUAUUGCACCCUAUACCUUACGGGGGUUUUUCUUGUAAUCCAGUAAUGUACAAUAAUUUUCUGUGUAUUUUGGUUUGAGCUGAUGUUUGUUUACCAAUGCUCUAAAUAAAUAAAAUAAAUUAUUAUAUUAUAUUUUUUUACAAAUAGAAAAAAAAAGGGUGCAAUAAAUUGAUUUUUAAAUAUAACUGCAACACUUGCUACAUGUAUAAACAAUAACAAAGUUUUAUACGUAUGCCUUGAAUGAUGUAUACUCGUCAGAAAAUAUUACGACGGCAACGAGAAAUAUUAGUAGCAUUUUUAGAAAGAAAUGAAGAAAUUUCAAAUGGUCAGUGUCCUGGAGCACCCGUCGCCGUUGAACAUAUGAGGGAAAAAUGGACUGCAUUAGCCAAACAGCUCAAUGCUAUCGAAUCGGGAGCCGUGAAGACACCUGACCGUUGGAAAAAGUAUUGGUUUGAAUGGCGGCAUAAAUGCAGAAAAAAAGCAGCCUUUGUUACAAAAUACAUGGGAAAGAUGAGUUCUAAAAAGAUUAUCCCCUUGAAUGAUUUAGAAAUAAGAGUAAUGAAACUUAGUUGUGGUGAAGCCCACAUCGAUAUCCCAACAUCAUCCACAAAUAAUUCUUUCAAGCAAGACAGUGAUGAUGAACAAAAUUCAUGUGCAGAAAGCCCAAACGAUGAUGUUGUCGGCAAGAUAUUCAAUACCGGAACAAAAGCUAAUGAACCAUCAAAUAGCAGAACUAUAAGCACACCUCCACCACAAUGGGCAAUUGAAUUAGAAGAGCGGAGAAUAUCAUCCCAAGAGCGGAUGGCUGAUGCUUUGCAAUCCAUAGCGAGCACAUUAAGAUCACAGGAGGACCGUCGAGCUAUAAUAGAUAACAAAGUAACUGACACAUUGAGUGCAUUAGCAGAAAGUAUUCGUGAUCUCAACAACGGUGUUCAGGAUGUGUUACAAACAAUAUUAUAGUGUUAGUGGAACUAAUGGACCUGGGGAUGUUAUGCUUAAUAACUCUCAUUAGUUUUUAUAUUGAUUAAAAAUAACAAUAAUAAUAUUUAAGGUGUUGUUAAAGGCUGUGUGAUAAAAUUUAUACUUUUAUUAUUUAUGCAGAAAAGUUAUUGUAUGUUUAAAAAUGAGUAGGUGUUUAUUAUCCUGUGACUAAUGACUGUAUUAAUAGACUUUCAUAGUUAAUGAUGACCUAUGACUUAGACGACCUGUAUAGCCAAGUGUUUAGCGAUCCUACCUACAAAGCUCGAGGUCCCGGGUUCAAAACCCGGUAGGUGCAAGCAUUUAAAUGAUGAAUAUGGAUGUUUGUUUCCGAGUCAUGGAUGUUUAAAUGUAUUUAUGUAUGUUUAUAUGAAUUUAUGUAUGUUUAAGUAAGAAUAUUGUAUUAAAUAUAUCAUUGUCUUGUAACCCAUAACACAGGCUAUAUUUGCUUAACUUGGGGCAAGAUAAUUUGUGUAAAAGUGUGUCAAUAUUAUUAGUUAAGCAUUAUUUUUCUUUGAAUAAGAGGUGGCUAAUGGGCAAGGCAACCAAGAAACACAUGGUCAUCUGCAAUACCAAUAGUCAAGAGAUGUGUUGCUGGUUAUUAUAGUGGUGGUAUGCUGUAAGUGUAAAGGUCCAUAUUAGUUUGGGAAUACUGCAGCCAGUAUUCCCAAAAUAGGAUUUAAAAUCACUUAUUGGAUGUCAAAAACUACCACCCAUUUGAAAUAGUGUGCCUCAAACCUGAGAAGAAUGUGUGAAAGAAACUCAGCAGGCUUUUUUUUCUUAAUUUAGUUGUAUUAACUAUUUAUUUGUAUUGAUUAACCUUUACCACAUAUUUUUUUUUAACAAUUCUUUUGGGUUUUUUUUAACACUUGUUUUGUUUAUUUUCUGGGAUCAUGUUGUAAAAGCAUAUACAUUGCCCAAUAAUAGAGGUUAUCAAUUAUUUUGUAUACAAUUCUGUGUUAUAGCCUCUAUAUACAUUGAAAUUUGAUGUGAAAUGAAAACCUGAUGUCCAGUGAGUCUUAACUUAACAGGAAAUUAAAAAAAAAUUGUUAUUUAUGACAUUAUUGCCAAUCCCUACAGGUGUUUUUAACAUAUGUAAAUUUUUAUUGAACAGCCUUUAUAAGUAUGAUAAUUGUAAGUUAUUUAUUGGUAACUUUCUUGCAUAUUUGUAACUUGUACUGGUCAUACCAUUUAACAAUUAUGUAACAUUUUUAACAGGGUCCAGGUAUUCAUUUUACAGCAACAAUAGGUAACCUUUAAUUUUGGUUUUAAUUAACAAUUUUAUAAUAUGAGUUUCUGCUUAUAUUAUCCAAGCCUAUUGUAAAUACAUCAGUAAGAAAAUGUUAUGCAUAAGAUUUAAAUGUUAUUUUUUUUUGAUAAA